AUGAAUUCAUCAGCAAUCUUAAGAGAUUUAAUUGUAGAUCCAACUAAUAUAGAUUAAAAUUUAUUAUGUUUGAUAUGUUAAGAAUUAGUUAUUGAUCCUAAGGAAUGCAGUUAAUGUCAAAAUCUAUUUUGUUCAGAUUGUAUAACAUCUUGGUUAUAAUAAAAAAGUAAUAAACAUAUUGAAUUAUAUAGAAAAAUGUCCAUAUAAUUGUAGCGAUGAAAUAUAAUUAAAGAAUCCUCAUAGAAUAGUUAAAAAUUCUAUUUCUUAAAUAGAAGUAAAGUGUUUAAAUAAAGGGUGUGAUAAAUAAAUGUAAAUUUAAAGUUUAGAUUCUCAUUUACUAUAAUGUGAGUAUGUAGAAACAAAAUGUCCUUUUCCUGAAUGUGAUUUUAAAGAUAGUUUAAAAUAAAUUAAAAUUCAUUAAUUAAAUUGUGAACAUAGAACAAAAAAUUGUGAGAAAUGUGAAGGAACUUAUAAAAUCAAUUAAGAACAUGAUUGUUUAAUCCAUUUACUAAAGAAAUUGAAAUUAUAAGAAGAGAAUUAAUUAGCCUAUUAAAAAAAAACAGAUUAAAUUAUAAUGGAUUUAGUAGAAAGAUUAAAUUAAUUAGAAAAUUUAUAAAAAGGAUCCAAUAAACCAAAAUGUUAUUAGGGUCAUGUAUUAAAUUGGAUUUAUCCUAAAAAAGGAAUUUAAUGUGAAUAAUGUAAAUAAGCAAAUGAUAAUGUGAGAUAUAUUUGUGAACCUUGUAGAAUAGGAUAUUGUUAAAGAUGUAAAUAACCAGAAUUUAAAGGGAAUGUUUGUCCUUCUAAUCAUGUAUUAUAAUUUUCUUAAAAAGUAAGUAAUAAUUCUAUAUAAUUUUAGCCUGGAUUUGGUCUGAGAUGUGAUUUUUGUAGACUUAAUAUCUAUUCAAAAGGUGACUCUGUUUACAGUGACAGAUCCUGUGAUUUUGAUAUUUGUAAUACUUGCUUUUAGAAGUUAAAAGUAAUGAAAUGAG